AUGUCCUUCUUGCAGGCCCUCAAUCAACGCAUGCAAGCACAGCGAAACAAGUUGAUGCCCGUGAAGCGGAUUACAUUGCCGCCAUUACACUUGCAUCUGUCUGAGGACGGAACGUCCCCCAUUCCCCCUGGUUGGCAGCGCGCCCCUAACACAGCGAGUGAUGGCAGCGAUGGGGGCUACGCUUACUACUAUUACCACACCAAGACCCGCCAAACACGGUGGGAUCCACCUGUGUAUCCGUGGGAUGCAGAUCCAGAAGACAAUCUCAUCCCUGACCGACCCGACGACGACCCCGAGGCUCCAUACAACUGGAAUUGUGCUCACCGCUUUGCUGUCACCCACGAGGAAAUCGAAGCGAUGUAUGCGCAAUACCGGAGUCGCAUUUUGGAACGACAGUGUAUGGAGUUGAUUCAUGAGAUGGGAGCUCGUCCGGACACACCGCAAGGUGCUCAGGAGCAGAACUUUGCCAUCGAGUUGUUUACACUUAUUCACAAUGAAUUGCGACAAUUCCGGGAUGCCCGAGUGAAUCUUGGCCGAAUAACAAGUGACGAAGAUCUGUACUAUCUCACGAAUAAGCUGGCCCAAGAGGUUAUUCCCAAGGAGAUACGCAGUCUUCAUCGGGCCCAACAGGCGAACGCUUCAAGUCUUUUUGCCGCAGUGCUUCCUGAGGUAACUCCUGCCAUCCGGGAACGAGCGACCAGUUAUGUGCGGCGUUAUAUGGAGGCUAAGGGAUCAUGCUACCGUAGAUUUAAUCCGCACCAUCACAACCACCAUCACGCCCACUAA